CUUAUAAGAGUCCAAAGUAGGCUUCACCAUUGUGCUUCAAAGCUGAUCACGGGGAUCUGUUCAGAUUACACCCGGUCGAGCUGUAUACUUUCACGUCCGUCGAGUGCAACAUCUCCAUCGACGUGACGCGUGCCUGGGAGGCGUUCCUGCUGAACGAGACUGGCGACCCCAUACGGCAGAUCGACUUGACCAUGCUCGACUCACGAACCAAGUCGAUGAUCUUCCUUCCUGAAUUCUUCCUGGAAGCUGGUCUCUACAAGCUGCGCUACAACGUCAACAUGAGCGCACCGAGAGCCAAGCCACCAAUGUUCCACAAACGUUUCGCCGAGACCUACAUAGAAAUGAAGCCGUCGCCUCUGCUGCCUCAAAUGUCCAACGGCGCUCAGUCAAGGAUAACCAGGGGCUUCCCGCAAACACUCACGCUCAAUCCAGGCAACUAUUCCAUCAACCCUGACGACCCGUCUGAUAAGAACUUCAGCGUGACCUGGUUCUGCCGCCGGGUUCCCAACGAGGUCAUCAACCGGACGGUGCCGGACGACGAACAGAACGUGACGGAGCCCCUCUACCACCGGCUACGCAGCCUCGCCAACAUCACGGCCAAGGGUCACGACUUCGACGUGGCUGGCUUCCUCGCGGCCGAGGACAUGGAAGACCGGGGUGGCUGCUUCGGCACAGGACCAGGCCGGAUCAACAUCACUGGCGGAGACCUGGAGUGGAGCACCAUAGUGUUCUACAAGCCUAACGCCACUUACGAGAUACUGGCCAAGCUUGAGAAGCCGGACCGUCCACCGUCUUGGGGGGCCAUACAGCUCGUGCUCAUGGAGAAAGUGCCACCUUCGAUCAGUGUCCAGUGCCAGACGGAGAAGCUCUGCUACCCCAACGACCCUAUCGGACAGAAGAUCAACCCUGUACGCGUAGGCCUCAUCGGGCUAUGCAUCGAAAACUGUGACGGGGAGAUGAUCUAUAACUGGGAAGUGUUCGGCAGCGACAACCUCACAGAGGUGUACCUGGAGGAUGCCAGGGACUACCUAGUCGGCGCCACGGAGCAAAAGAUGGCGCUGUCGGACGACUUCUUCAAGGUGUACUACCCGAGCUUCGGCGACUUUGUGGCUCGCCUGACGGUGACCAACCAGUGGGGCGUGAGCGGCAUCUCGGACCUGUUCCUGCACAUUAACAAGCCGCCCGAGAACGGCAUCUGCUCCUUCGAGCCGCAGGAAGGACGUGCCCUCAUGGACAAGUUCAAGGCCUCGUGCUCGGACUGGAGCGACCCCGAGGGACUCGACAUUGAGUUCUUCGCCUUCUGGGUGCGCAACGUGGCCAACGAGGCGUUGACAUUCCUGACGUACGGUCCGGACAGCGAGGUGACCCUCGUGCUGCCCUACGGCGAGUACCAGGUGGGCGCCGACGUCAAGGACAAGGAAGGAGCCACCACGCGCGUCAACAUGACCACCAUCUCAACGUACCUGCCCACCCGGCAGGAGUUCGAGCGGUACCUGGGCGAGCGUUCGCUGGACAAUGCGGACGCCGCCGGUGACCAGGCGCGCAUGAACCAGAUGUCGCAGGCCAUCACGUCGCUUAUGAACGUGCGCCUGCCCGACGAGUUUGAGAACGAGAUCAACUAUUCAGACCCUGCGGUGCUGGACCGUGAGCUGGAGGAGCAGACCCUGCUGAGAGCCAAGAUGGUGCGCUCCGUGUCCUCCAUCAUGAACGUGGACACACUGAGCAGCCUCGAGCAGGUUGGCAGCGCCCUCACCGCCAUCGCCGGAGACGGAAGUGGCGUCGACAACGAGGGAAAGGAGGUGAUCAUCAAGCUGCUGAAAAAGACCGUGUCGCUCGCUUCCAACUUGAAGGUGGAAGCGCCCCAGCAACUUCUAGACUUUUGCAUGUAUGCUGUCGGCACCAUGGGAGGCAUCGUCUCGCGCAUGACUCAGCAACUAAUCUCGGGCAUAGUGAUGCCCACGGACCGAGCCAAGGCCGUCAACAUCGAGUACGACACGGAGAUCGCGUUGGAAGGGGAGCCCGAAAAAGAGAGCCUCUUUGACGGGACUGUUCCUAUGGACGUCGCCUUAGCGAGAGCCGUUGUCCUCAAUGAAAGAAAGGAGGCCGAGCGCCAGAUCAGCACCAUGGUGGAGCUGACCAUCGACCUGGUGUUGGCCAUCCUUCGGAAUAUCAUCGUCGGAGAGAAACCCCUGGAGUUUCGCGCGCCCAGCGGUCUCGGCCUUACCAUAUCCAUGUUCAGCGGUGGAGCGCUGAGCGGUCGUGCCAUUCAGCACGGCGACGCGGUGUACAUUUUUCCCGGAAUCUGUGACGUCCUCGCCAGCCGACCAACAUGCGCCGGGAACGAGACUCUCGGCGUCAUGGCCGUGUCGUGGCCGUCGAUCCUGCAGUCCUUCGGCGGCAGCGUGGACGUGCUGUCCGAGGACACGCAGACGCUGCAGUUGGUCAUCCUGGACGAAAACCUGUACCGCGUGGACGUCAGCAACACCACCGACUACUUCGAGAUCAUCGUCCCGCGCAAAGGGGCCAAGGAUAACGGAACGGGCCUCCCGGAGCCGACGGAGUUUGCGCCGCAGGUAAAGUGGAACGAGGAGAUGGUGUACCACCAGUUUGUGGUGCCCAAGCCAGACUCCGCCGUCAACAUCGAGAUUACGCCGCAUGACCCCAGCUCGCAGUUCCUCGUCUACAUCAGGCACCGGGUCAAGCCGCAGCUCAACGCCUACGACCUCAUGGUUAACUUGUCCACAAUACGCAGCGCCAACGGCACGUACGACAUAUUCCUGGACAACGCCCUCGUUGCCAACCGAACUGGCUUCUUCUACCUGGGCCUGGUCCAGCCGAACGGCAGCGUUCCUGAGUUCAGCAUGGACGACCCGGUCAACCUGACCCUGUCGGAUGUGAGCCGGGAGUUCAGCACAAACUACUCCGUGCGCAUCUACACCUCCGGAUGUUACUUCUUCAACUCGAAGACGAAGACGUGGUCGGCCGACGGUUGCUUCGUGGCGAACGCCAACUACGCGGUGACCAGGUGCAAGUGCAACCACCUGACCUCGUUUGGCAGCGGCUUCUUCGUGAUGCCCAACACGAUCGACUUCUCGUACGUGUUCGCCAACGCUGGCUUCGCCGACAACGUCACCAUCUACAUGACCGUCGUGAUCACCAUGCUCGUCUACGUCGUGCUUCUCAUCUGGGCACGCUACGAGGACAAGAAAGACGUCGAGAAGCUCGGGGCAUUGCCCCUCCAAGACAACGAUCCCAAGGACAAGUAUAUUUACGAAAUCGCCGUAUUUACGGGUGACAAGAAAGGAGCAGCCACGGACUCAAAUGUGUUCUUCAUCCUUUCCGGCGAUGACGACGAAACAGAAGUGCGCACUUUUGGGGAACAGAAGCGCAAGAUAUUCCGGAAAGGUGCCGCGGAUACGUUCGUUAUGACAGUGCCUCGGCCUCUCGGUCGCCUGAACUACAUGCGCAUCUGGCACGACAACAGCGGCAAGGCCUCGAUGCGCUCCUGGCACCUGCGCUUCAUAUCGGUGCGCGACGUGCAGACCAACGCGCGCUACGACUUCAUCGCCAACAGGUGGUUCGCCGUCGAGAAGGACGACGGUCUUACGGACCGGUUGCUGCCCGUGGCCGGCAAGGACGAGGCGACCGAGUUCAGCCACCUGUUCCAGCUCAAGUCUCAGAAGAACCUCGCCGACGGCCACCUGUGGUUCAGCGUGUUCAUGCGUCCGCCAAAGAGCCGCUUCACGCGCGUCCAGCGCGUCUCGUGCUGCGUGGCGCUUCUCUACCUAUCCAUGCUGGUGAAUGCCAUGUGGUAUGGGCGCGUGCCCUCCAAGCCGUCCGCAUCGGCCGUCAACGUUGGCCCUUUCUCACUCAGCCCAGAACAGGUGGGCGUGGGUAUCAUGGCCAACCUGAUAGUGUUCCCGCCAACCUUCCUGAUGAUCACGCUCUUCCGGAGGUCGCGCCUUCGACGCAAGAGACCCAACAGGAUCACCGAGGCCCUCCGCCAGAAAAGAGACUCGCUGGUGGUGAGCCGCGCCUCGUCCGCGGCGGCGUCCAAGCCGCUAGCCCGCGCCGGAAAGUCCGAGUCGACGAUGCAACUGACCGAGACCGAGCUGAACGACGUGUUCGAGGAGAAGACCUUCGCCCAGAGGCGGCGCUUGCAGCAGGGCAGGCGCAAGCGCAAGGGCAAGUUCAUGUUCCCCUGGUGGUGCCGCUACGUGGCCUGGUUCCUCUGCCUGGCCUCCAUCUUCGUCUCGGUGUUCUUCAUCUGGGCCUACGGCGUCCAGUUCGGAGACGAGAAGACCCGCAAGUGGAUCACCUCGCUGCUCGUCUCCUUCUUCAUGUCCGUUCUCAUCACGCAGCCCAUCAAGGUGUUCCUGCUGGCCAUCAUCUUCUCGAGCCUGUUCAAGUCUCCGGACAAGGAUGACGACGAAGCGGAAGAAGAUGAAGAAGAACCCGAGCUCCUCGAGCACGAGGAGUGGCUGCACAGCGACGCGCCUAGCCACCGGCGGCGGCGAAUGUACAAGCCGCAGAAUAGCUGGGAGCUGGACCGCGUCCGCGAGGAACGUCUCCGGGAGCUCAAGAUGGCGGCCAUUCUGCGAGAGAUUGGCAGCUACCUCUUCUUCCUGUGGAUCCUCACCGUGCUGUCGUACGGCAACAGGGACCCCAGCGCAUACUUCCUGCAGCAGAGCCUCAGACACGAGUUCGUCGACAACGGAAAGUUCAUGGAGAUCUCCAGCGCCCAGCAGUUCUGGAAGUGGUCGCGCGAAGUGCUGGUGCCCAACCUGAAGGCCGGUCCGUGGUACAAUGGAGAACAGCCAUUCGGACUGCGUGGAUUCCUCGGGGACAGGGUGAACCGCAUCAUGGGAUUCGCAGCACUCCGGCAGAUACGCGCUCGGCCCCACUCGUGUCGAGUGGAGAAGCUCAUGCGCAACCUUGUGGACGAGUGCCGCGGCCAGUCGAACCUGCUCAACGAGGACAAGCGGAGCUACCAGCCCGGCUGGAAAGAAGUCGCCGACCCCAACAGCCCCGUGGACGAGUGGCACCACCGGAGAGCCAAGGAGCUGAACGGACUUCCCUUCUGGGGAAAGCUGGACGUGUAUGGCGGAGGUGGAUACCUGGUUCCACUGCGAGGCCCCAACCAGAAGAUCAUCGACAAGCUUAACCAGCUGGAGAAGGCAGACUGGAUCGACGGUGGCACCAGGGCCGUAUUCGUCGAGUUCAGCGCCUACAAUGCCCAGGUGAACUUGUUUGGCGUGGUGACGAUCGUGGCCGAGUUCCACCCGGGAGGCGGCCUGAUCCCCAACGUUCGCAUCGACGCCAUCCGUUUGAUGCGCUACCACCAGGGUUUCGGCCUGUUCGUGUUGCUUUGCGAGCUCACGUUCGUCGGCUUCGUCGUGUACUUCUCGGUGCACGAGUUUCGCACCUUCCUCAACCUGCGGGUCGACUAUUUCCGCAGCUACUGGAACAUCGCAGAACUGGUGGCGCUCGGGCUCUCCUACUCGGCCAUGUUCUUCUACAUAUCGCGCAUGAUUGUCACCAACAAGAUACUCAAGACCUUCGAGCGCAGCCACGGGAACGGCUACGUCAAGCUGCAGGUGGUGGCGGCCAUCGACGAGCUGUUCGGCUACCUGAUGUCCUUCCUGAUAUUCAUUUGCAUUCUCAAAUUCACCAAGAUGCUACGCUUUAACAAGCGCAUUGGAAUCCUCUACAGCACAUUGGCCCAAUGCUCCAGGGACCUGAGUUCAUUCUUCGUCGUCUUCUGGGUCAUCUUUUUCGCCUUCGUGCAGGUGUUCUACAUCCUGUUGGGGACCAACAUGAUGGAGUUCUCGACUUUUGUCACGGCUGCCGAAACGGCGUUCGACAUGGCGCGUGGCCAGUUCAAGUUUGAAGACAUCGCCAUGGCUUCGCCUGUCAUCGGACCGUUCGUCUUCUUCGUGUUCGCCCUCGUGACCUCCGUCAUCCUGCUCAACAUAUUCGUGACGCUCAUCAUCAGUUCCUUCCAGUCCGUGAAGGAAGACGUCGAGAAGCAGUGCAACGACUUCGAGAUGGUCAGUUACGUGGGCAAGAAGUUCAAGGGAUUCCUGGGACUGGCGUCAGCAGACCUCGAACCAGACACGUCCAAGCCGCCCACGCUGGAGUCGCAGAUCAGCACCUUCCCGGAGAAAGUGGACCGGCUCCUGUUCUACAUCAACGACAUGUACUUCGACGGCCGGCUCGACCUGUCGGGCAAACGGGCCCUGCGCGCACUGUACAAGGCACCAGAGCCCACUCAGCCUCAGCAGGCGCCCUUGCAAGGGGCGAUGCUCGACUGGAUGGAAGUGUCCGACGAACCACUCGACGAACCACAGACCGCGCCACGACGGAGGAAGAAGAAGCGAUUCUAAGCGGCUGGCCUUGACUGCACUCGGAAACCUGGAGUCCUUUCUCAGUUGUCUCGAUGUCGUAUGACUUGAGCGUGAAAUGCUAUAUGGUCCCAGGCUAUGGGCCAUUUCAGCUCUUGCUAAAGAAUUGUGUCCCGUUAAUGAAAAAACGCAUUGCUGGCGCCUACGGUGACGCUUGUUUUUCGAGCCCACACAGUUAACAUGUAUACGUUACAUUAGGCGUCAAAAGCUCAUAUACCGCGAAGUCUUAAAAAAAAGCAGAAUAUUUCUUCUGCAGCCUGGGAACGCAAUCUGGUAUUCGGAUUACCAGCCUGUGCUGGUACAUGCGAACAACAGUGUGUUGUACUGGCUACGGUCACAAACUCCUCAGAAAUUCAACGUUUUCUUAGAUCCUUUGGUCCGUAAAAUUUUGGCGCUGACUGUACUACUUGAAGAACAGCUUGCAGACUGCAACUUCCAUUCAAGCAAUCGCAGACAAUGUGCGAACAGUUGCGAGUUAACACCAUAUGUCAGGCCAUUGCGUUAGAAACGUUCAGCAGUAACAGAUGACGUUUUCAGAGCGCUGGUUAAACCUGCACUGUUUACGGUGUAUAGAUGCUUUCAGCUUGCACCAACCGCUCUGUGUACGAAAGGUGCCUGACACUGUUGAAAUGUGUUUUGCUGCUUCGUCGACGAGCUGUUAAACGAAGCUUUCAGAUAAAAUGACGAUGCACGCCAGAUUUCCGAGUGCGCUCUCUUCGAUACAAGUUGCGCGCGUCUUACAUGUGAAAACGGGUUGGCUGCUUCAUAAAGGCCUUCUUCUUCAGCGUGUAAGCACAGCAAAGACGUCGCAAAAGUAGUAAUACUAUGUCUUUCCAGUCACCUACACUGAAAUUUCGUGUGAGCAUCCCACACAGGCGCCAUUUGCACAAGCUCUUUCAUUAAGUUUCGCAAUCGCUGUGGCUCUGUUGGGGUUUAAACAGCAGUAACCUCACUUUACUAGCAUCGGAAAGCAUUUAUUGACGCAUGUUAAUUUCCGGUUAAAUAAAUGCUCUGUCGUGCUUGUUAAAGCCUUAUUAGCUUUCUUUUUCGCAGCUGUUUCAACAGGGUUAAUACAGGUGAUCUCCACAAUAUAAUUUCCUUGUUGUACUAAAAAAAAUUAAUGUGGGAUAUCGGAGCAUGUCUAGGUAACGAGAAGAAAACACGUCAGGUUUCGCUCUUGACCCAUACUUUUAUAUGUUGUUUUUACCGACGCACCAAACGUUAAAAUUAUUCAGUUAAAUUAUUAGUCACAUGGUCUAGAGCACGUGCUCGAUGUUGGCUCUGCAACGAUGAUCUGGGCCCGAAACAAGGUUAGGCAGAAACGCCAUGUUGUACAUGAUCUGUAAAUGGCAUCAACUAAUAUAAAAUUAGCAGAGUGAUUAGCAGAGUAAUUAGCAGAUUAGCAGAGCAGAGCAACAGUCACGGGACUGUUGUGCCCAUAUGACCAGACACUCGUCCUCGGCUGUAGACCUGCCAGAUGGUCUAGAUCUCGGGUAUACAGUUGCUCGUUUACGGCGUCGACAACCUCAAAAUCAAAGGCAUUUGAAUGCUGUUUAUCUCUGUGCUCCAAGACCGACUGGAAAUUUUCCGCGGGCUUAGCAUAUCUUAUAGUCCAUUCGGCAACAAGGAAGGCCUUCUAGAUGUUUCUUAUGAAAGUAUCCGGAAAACAUUUACUGCCAGAAAAUCUAGUAAAUGCUCCCAAAGUGAAAUAUUGGGGAUCUCACACGCGAAUAUGAAAGUUUAGUUACUGUUCAACAUGAAGAAAUAAUUGUGAUUAUUACGGCUACACUUGCGCGCAAUGUGACCAGUCGGCGAUAUCAUGAAUGUUAUCUGUAGGUUUAGGUAACCCUGACUUCUUGUUGGGCUGUAGGCCAUGCUUAUAGCACUAUAGGUUCCGGUGUACCUGCUCAGUAUACAGAAUAUUUUUUCUUGCAUCUACAAUGUUCAGAAGGAAAUGUUCCAAAUUGUGGCGAGAGCGCUGCACCUCAUCCGACCUUAUAAAUUUACACACUUGAGCCGAGGUUCGACUUAACAACUGAUGCUUAGUCACUUCAGUUGCUUGCGACAAUACUUGUCAGGUAUAUGGAACGGGCCACCGUCCGUUAGAAGUUUAGCGUACAGGCAAUCUGUUUCCUUCCGUGUGGUCACUAAAGUUCAAGCAUCUUCCAGCCUGCGCACGUGCGGCUUGCCAGAAACUUCCGCACUCAAAACAAGCCACUGCAAAGCACCCUGGUCUUCUUUUUUUCGCACGCAGCUGUACAUAAUGUCAAUAAAAUAAAAUUAUUGUU